GCUGCCACUACCUGAAUGAGAGCGUACGGGAGCAAGCACCGUAUAGUUUACCUGCAUGCUACAGACAAGCAAGUCAGCGUAGCGAUAUUUCUAGGCAAUCGUCUUCGCGAUAUCGCAGUGCUGCAUGUAUUGCUCGGCAUAUUCUCUUGCGCGAUCAUCUUUGCUAUCCAGUGCAUAAUCAGGUGCGGUUUGCAUAGGAUAGCAGUCUUCUGAGCGUCAGGAUGGAAACGGGGACGAGAUGCGAUCACGUUGUCUACAUCGCUGCACUGAAUGCGAUGAAAGCUUUUCUACGGAAAAGAUACGGGUUCGUGAGCAUGGUGGCUUCGUUCGCGAUUCUACUGACGUGGCAACUGUAUUCUAGCGUCUCCAAUACAGAGACGCCGGCUUACGUGGAGAGGGAAUUGUUCGAAUCCGAAUCCGACUCAAUCGGCUACUUAGUAAAUACUCCCGGUUGUACCAUCAUAGACGUGGAUCCGUUUGACAAGAGUCUUCAUCCUUUCCUGACGCAGCGGGCAAAGAAAAUUACCUGCGAGUCCCCCCUUCCAAGGAUGACGUACAGCGACGGCAAUGUACUACACUUCAAUACAUCAGCCGAGGUGCGCGGCGCUCGAUUUAUGCGCUGCAACUUCAGCGCCAUCUUCCGUGAAGAAUAUCAAGAAAAUGAAGACAUUGUAUAUAAGGGGAACACGGUGCAGCUGGCGGACAAGGCCGUUAUCCGUGAUGAUUUCAUUAACGUGCAGUGCUUUGACAUCUACGACAGACUCAAAUAUGAAAACUUCCACUCGUUUAUACAAGUAAAACCGGAUGUAGAACGCAGGUGUGCUUUGAACAGCGCUUCCGCUAAUAGCAAUGAACGCGUCAAUGUGAUACUACUCGGCAUCGAUUCUGUGUCCAGACUUGCGUUCCAUCGUCAGAUGCCGCGAACGUUGCGAUUUCUCGAGAACGAAAUGGGAGCGUUUGAGAUGAAAGGCUACAACAAGGUGGAAGACAACACGUUUGUCAAUCUUGUGCCGAUGCUCAGUGGCAAGUUCGUAGAUGAACUCCCGUGGGAUGAACGCGACAGCCGCAAACCCUUCGACGACUACAGGUUCAUUUGGAAGGAUUUCGAGGAGCGCGGUUACCGCACACUGUUCGCCGAGGACGUCGGCGAGGCAGCUACAUUCAACUACAUGCGCGCAGGCUUCCGCAAGCAGCCCACAGACUACUACCACCGACCACUGAGUCUCGCCGUGGAGCAAUCGGUGGUGUUCCAACACAGCGACAAGAACUGCGUAGGCGCGCGCACGGAGACGGAGAUCAUGCUGGCGUGGUUGCUCGAGUACGCGCGCGAGUUCCGCGACAAAUCGCAUCUCGCUGUCGCGUGGAUCUCGCGCUUGUCGCACGACACGCCGCAUCUGCUGCACGCCGUCGACCGAUACUAUCGCGACUUCUUCGCCAACCUGAAGAAAUCGGGCGCGCUCGAGAAUACGGCCGUAGUUUUACUCAGCGACCACGGCUUGCGGUACGGUGAUAUUCUCGAGACUUACGUCGGCAAACUCGAGGAGAGACUGCCGUUCUGCUUUGUCGCCUUACCGGAGCGGUUACGACGCAAGUAUCCGCGUGUUGUGCACAACCUGCAGACGAACACGAGACGCCUGACGACUCCAUUCGAUAUACACGAGACGCUGCUAAACCUGCUUCACUUCGACGGCAAUACGAGAAGACACGAUGUCGGUGAACGCGCAAUGAGUCUAUUUAACACGAUUCCUGAGGAGCGGACUUGUGAGAACGCCGGCAUUGCUCCUCAUUGGUGCACGUGUCAGGUACACACGUCCGUCAGCGUCACCGCCCCGGCCGUGGUUCGUGGCAGCGAGCUCGUUAUCACGGCACUCAACGCACUUCUUUAUCCGCACGUUGACAAGUGUGUGCGGUUGCGACUAGCGCGGGUGAAAGAUGGCAUGAUGUCACGUGUCAAUGACGCCGCUCUCAGUCUUAUCAAGGACGAGCGCAUGGAGAACGACAUCAAGGAUAAAAAACUAAAGUUCGGCAACCGUACGGUAACCAUGGUGGACUAUCUAUUGACCGUACAAGCGACACCUGGUGGAGGUUUAUUUGAAGCAACUGUGCGUCACAACGAAGAAGCGGACACGUUCGAAGUGAUGGGAGAUAUUAGUCGCAUUAAUUCAUACAAAGGUCAGUCCGACUGCAUAGAGCUCCCAAGUCUACAAAGAUACUGCUUCUGUAAUGAACUAUGGAAUGCACGAACGGCAAAAUUAGGUGAACGAGCUUGAAUGAAAAUGAAUAUUAUUAUUUUUUAUAAACUGUGAAUAUAAAUUUUACAAAUAAAAACCCGUUUUUAAUAGGUAAUUAUUUUUGCACAAUAAAUAAUAUUGCUCUUACAUUACCUUUUCUA